AAAUAAUUGAGGUAGUUUCCGACAAGUAUGGGUUUAAUCUCUGGUAAAGCGUGUGUGUUUGUUUUGGUAUUUGUUUUGGUCACAGAUUUUACUGUGGGAGAAACAGAGUUAAGUGAUGACAAGCACUUGUUUCCUCACCCUCACCCUCGUCCACUCCUCCACAAAGGUGGCAUCCAUAAGAAGGGCUUUAAGAAAGACUUCGGCGGUUUAGGAGGUGGUGGCAUAAGUGGUGGAGGUGGCUUUGGAGCAGGAGGUGGCAGCGGUUGGAUUGGAGGCGGGAUUGGAGGCUUUAGUGGUCAAAUAGGCGGUGGAUUUGGUAAAGGAGCUGGAGGGGGAGAAGGAGGCUUUGGCGGCGGUGGAGGAUUUGGUGGUGGUACCGGUGGAGGAGCUGGAGCUGGAGGAGGUGUUGGUAGUGGUACUGGUGGAGGGGCUGGGGCUGGAGUUGGUGGUGGUACCACUGGAGGUGCUGGAGCUGGAGUUGGUGGUACUGAUGGUGGGGGAGGAGCAGGCGGUGGUGCAGGUGCCGUGGGAGGAGCAGGCGGUGGUGCAGGUGCCGUGGGAGGAGCCGGCGGUGGAACUGGUGGAGGAGUAGGCGGAGGCGUGGGUGGAGGUCACUGAGGGUUUGUCAUGUGCAUUGACGAGGAGCUACAAAUCCCAUGCAUAAUAUAUGUAAUAUUGUCAUUUACGAAUAACUAAUUCCUUAAAAGUUGAUUAUAAUAUGAUAAAGUAUAUGUAUGUCGUUUCUCUUUAAUUUAUGGCAACUGUAUGCCGUUUUACUUUUAGAAUGAUUGUAUCUUGUACCACUUCGAGUGAAUAAAAGUUAAU